AUCCAUUUUGAUGGCUGGAGUGAGGAGUAUGAUUUUUGGCUAGAUGCUGAUAGCCCAGAUCUGCACCCAGUAGGCUGGUGUCAGAAGACAGGUCAUCCUCUACAACACCCCAACGGUCCCAGAGAUUCUCCAGUGCCUCCAGGACAAGGCUGCCCAACCCCAGGAUGCAACGGAGUCGGACAUGUUAGAGGACCUCGGUAUGGGACACAUUACACGGUGGUGAGCUGUCCAUACUCAGAUGUGAAUUUGAAUAAGGACGGGCUGGUGCCGGACAGACUGAACGGGGAGAGGCCGGUCACGCUCAGUGGACCUCCGCGCCACCGCCGUGCUGAAAUGCUCACUCAGACGCACCCUCCCACACCCAGCGCCAGCACCCCUGAAGCCCCUGACACCACCACAGACGCCUGUCCACCAGCUCGCUCAGUGCGUGAGCACGUUGUGUCUGGCAGCGCUCCCAAAUGUGUCAAGCCACCUCAAGUGAAGCAGGAAGGUGACGGGAAAG